UGAACGCUCCUGCCGACCAGUGGGCCAAUUUUGAUUCGUUAGCAUUUCGAUUAGGACUCUCCUGCCAAAUUAAGCAAUCAACGCAUUUCACUUACUGACCAGCUAUCAAAUGGGUAACCACAUGUGGAGCAUCAUACUGAUGCUGCUGGUGCUGGAGCAACUAGUGGCCGACUCUGUUGCAGCCAAUCUAGCCCAGCUGGUGAAGAAGCAGAGCCAACAGAAGCAGGUACAAUCCUCGCAGCCAGGACUGCAGGUGGGACAACAACAGCCGCAGGGACAGCAGAUCCACACGCAGCAGUAUGUCCAGGACGCAUUGGGCGAGCAGCAGGACCUGAAGUCGGAGGACGAGGAGGAACACGAUCCCUACCAGAUGAUGCAGGAGUCGAAACAGGAGUCACGAUUGCCCAACUCUGCCAACUAUCCCUGGAGUCCAUAUGCCGCACCUCAGGGCAAUCCUUACGAUUCCAUGCCCAAGAUGUUGCCCUUCAUUGGCUAUGCCCAGCCAGUGCUUAUCCCCGUCCCGCUCUACCUGGCUCCGGAUAUGUUCUAUCCCGCCUUUUCUGGCGCCAGCAACGAUCUCGAGGAUGUGGUUAUGUCACGAGCCUCCGGUGGUCGGCGUCCUGCGGCCAAUCACGCGUCACCAGCCCGCAAUUCACCCAUCUACUACGUAAGACUGCCGCCCACACCGUAUAUGUUUUUGCCCAAUAUGCCAACGGCUCCAUUUGGCGGCGGAUUCUCCCCACUGCUGACCUACCAGCCUAUGCCCUCAUUCUCCGCCUACGGCUCCGUGUUCAAUUUACCCGUGAACUUCCUGGCCAACGGAAAGCCGACAGGAGUAUACCAAAUGAACGGAUCCCCGGGCGAGGCGAUGGGAUCCCUGACACCUGGCUUGGGUGGCGGUGGAUAUGGAAUGCGGCCACCGACGCCUAGUAAUCCGUACAGACCCAUGUCGUCGCCUUCAAUGGGUGGUUACGGAGGCUCCCAGCAGAGCUUUGGACUCGCCUCCAUGCCGGUUCCUCAGCAGGACUCCAAGCUGACAUCGCUGAAGCGUCCGUUCGUGUUCAACGGUCGUCCCGAGGACAUCUACAUCCUGCCAAACAACUUGAGUCCGCUCUACAACGAGCAGAGCUACUACUAAUUGCACUUCAGGCAAAUGGCUGUGGCAGCAACUGAAAGUAUUACAUAAUGCAUUUACUAGAUCGUCUUUUGGAUCGUAAUGGAGCUCGAGAAAAGCAAUUUAAUAAAAUAUACACUUCGAAAC